AUGCUUAGAUCAUAUAGACUCUAUAAUGCAUUUAGUCGGAUUUCUGGUCUUACAAAAUUCACUAAGGAUUAUUAUUAAAUACUAAAAAUUCCAAAGACAGCAAAUUAAGCUGAUAUAAGGAUAGCAUAUUUAAAAUUGGCAUCAAGAUAUCAUCCAGAUUCAUAAACAAAAGAUGAAAUAAAAUAUUCUGAAGUUAGAGAGGCAUUUUAAGUAUUAGGCAUUAAUUUUAAAUUAGGUCUUAUCAGAUACAUCUCUGAAAAUGGAAUUUGAUAAGUAAUAAUCUUAAAAUAGUAAUGGGUAACAAAAUUAGGAUUUUACUUAGAGUUCUUAAGACUAAGAAAGUAAUUAAAAAUAAGAGAUUGAAAUAUAAUUCUUAUUCAAAAAAGGAGAAUAGACAUUUCCGUUUAAAUUAGAUGUUUCUAAAUAAAAAUUAUUAUCAAAAUAGGAAUUAGAAAAUAUUUCAAUUUAUCACAUGAAGAAAUUCAUGGUUAUUGAUGGAGGAUUUUAAAAAUUCUUCAAAGAUAAUAUAAGUUAAUUAGAUAAAGGGUUAUCUUGGAUAAUUGCAAUAUUAUCAAUAAUAGCAAAAAAGAAAUGA